CCCUCCCCUCCCCGCAACUUCAAUGGCAGACCCCUUCACGAAUAAAUUCUGCAGCCUGAGCCAACCUUCUGCGGCCAAACCCACCAAGCAUGCAGCAGCUCCGUCCACCACCUCAUCUCCGCGACGUUUUCCUUGCCUCUACUGUCCCCAGGAGUUUGACACCCCUCAAGCUCUCCUCGGCCAUCAGAAUGCUCACAAGCGGGAGGGAGCCGCUGCUCGGCAGGCGGCCAAACCCACCCAGCAUGCAGCCAAACCCACCCAGCAUGCAGCAGCUUCGUCCACCAACUCAUCUCCGCUACGUUUUCCUUGCCUCUGCUGUCCCCGGGAGUUUGCCACCUCUCAAGCUCUCGCCGGCCAUCCGAACGCUCACAAGCGCGAGCGAGCAGCUGCUGCUCGGCCAAACUUUCCGGCCAACAACCUGCAGGAAUACCGCCUACUUCCUCUGUUCCCCGCUUAUCCACAGCAGCCUUCGCCGCCGCCGCCCCAGCAGCACCAGGACCAGAACCUUGCUUCCAACUCGGUCCCUCGGAGCUUUCAGGGCGUUUCGACUGCUGAUGCUCUCUCCACUACCACUGAUGAGGAUGAUUCUGCCAAUAUGGACCUCACCCUCCGCCUGUGAAGGGCUUUAGACUGAAUGGUAUGGAGAUAUAGAUAAAUGCUGGUUUAUUAAUAAAAUCUGUUUUUAAGUUUGCUGAUGAGAGUUUCGUUGGCAUUAAUUCCCUAAUUCUAGUUCUUCCUAGCAUGAGAGUGGUUUGCUACUGGGGAGAAGUUUAUUAUGUGUGCGUAAUGUUUUAUGUGUAGGAGUAUACUCCAUUAAAUAAAAAUAUCUUACUGUC